CUACAGUAGUACCAUAGCCAUUGAUCGAGCGAACUCGAAUUCAAAUUUCGAAACCCAUAUAUCCACAUAAAAUGUCGUUUCGCAAUCCGAAAAACCUCUUCCAACGCCUAGGCUUGGACAAGCUUGACAGGAGCUUCAGUAACAAAAGCCCCCAUGUCAGCUUCUUCUCCGGUGAUCACCACCUCCUCCCUACCCUUGGAGCCAGAAUCAACCAAUCGACCAAACUCCCGAGAUUUAUUGUCUCCCCAUUCAGCCCUCGUUACAGGGCUUGGGAGAUGUUCUUGAUCGUUCUAGUCGUUUACUCCGCCUGGAUCUGUCCGUUUGAGUUCGCAUUUCUGGCUUGCGUGGAAAACGCCCUCUACAUAAUUGACAACAUCGCAUUUCUGGCUGGCGUGGAAGACGCCCUCUACAUAAUUGACAACAUCGUCAACUUCUUCUUCGCCAUUGAUAUUGUUCUCACCUUCUUUGUGGCAUAUCUUGACAAUCAAACUUACCUUCUUGUCCAUGAUCGCAAGAAGAUCGCAAUCAGGUACGUAUCAACCUGGUUUCUUCUCGAUACGCUGUCGACACUCCCAUUCCAACCCCUCAUCAGCCUGGUGUUCAGAGGUUAUAACAAUGUGUUCGGCUGCAAAUUACUCGGCAUGCUCAGACUUUGGCGUCUAAGACGAGUCAGCUCUCUCUUCGCAAGACUAGAGAAGGACAUUCGUUGCAGCUAUUUCUGGACUCGGUGUACAAAACUCGUAUCUGUUACACUAUACGUAGUACACUUUGCAGCCUGCAUGGACUACAUGAUUGCAGACCGAUAUCCAAACCCCGAGAAAACAUGGAUUGGUGCAGUCUACCCAGAUUUCAGAGAAGCCAUGAGCCUCAGGGACAGAUACGUAAUUUCCGUUUACUGGUCCAUCACAACCCUGUGCACUGUUGGCUAUGGGGACUUCCAUGCAGAGAACAUCAGAGAGAUGUUGUUUACCAGCUUCUACAUGCUGUUCAACCUGGGAUUCACAGCUUACCUCAUUGGCAACAUGACCAACCUUGUGGUUCAUUGGACCAGACACACUAGAGAUUUUAGGGAUAGAAUCACAGCUGCUUCAGAAUUCACCAGGCGAAAUCAACUGCCCUCCCGCAUAAACGAUCAAGUAGUGUCUCACAUAUGUCUCGAUUUCAAAACAGAAGGGCUGAAGCAGAAGGAGACCUUGAACGGCCUGCCGAAAGCCAUUCAUUCCAGCAUUGCCCACUUCCUGUUCUUCCCUGUCGUUCAGAAUGUCCGCCUCUUCGAAGGCGUUUCUCGCAACUUUCUUUUCCAGAUGGUUCCUGAAAUGGAAGCAGAGUAUUUCCCGCCAAACGAAGACGUGAUCCUGCAAAACGAGACGCCAACAGAUCUUUACAUACUUGUCUUAGGAGCAGUGGAUUUUAUUGCAGAGAUUCAGGGGCAAGACCAGGUUUUCGGAAAGGCCACUGCAGGGGAAAUAUUUGGAGAAAUUGGGGUUCUAUGUAACAGGCCACAACCAUUCACAUUUCGAACCACAGAGAUCUCUCAAAUGCUACGACUGAACAGAAGUAAACUCAUGAAACUUAUUCAAGAAAAUACAAAAGAUUGCGAUACCAUCAUGAACAAUCUUUUGAAGAAACUGAGAGGGACAGACAGCUUUUGCUAUGUGAAUCAAUGGGAAGAUCCAAGUUUGAACAUGGGUGAUCAGUGGGUUGAUGAAGAAGGAUUAAUGGAAAGAGGAAGCUUUUCUCAGAACGUAAUUCAAGAGCUUCCACAUUACCUUGGAAAUGGUCAUGAGUUCGGACCUACAAGAAUCAAUGGCCAUUCCAAGGCUCUGACAGAUCAGAUUGGUAUGAACAAAUUGCCAAAGAGAGUUAAUAUUCACAUCAAAAGUGCAUCACAAGAGCAACUUGGGAAGCUCAUAUUCCUACCUGAUUCCUUGGAAGACCUACUGAGGAAUGCGGGUGAAAAAUUUGGAAGCUACGGUCUAACGAAAGUCGUGAAUGCGGAGAACGCCGAAAUAGAAGACAUUAGUGUGGUUCGAGAUGGGGACACUUUGUUUCUGCUGGAAGGAGGAGAUUAUCAAAGUACAGAUUGUAAUUGAACCAAGGGGCAACUUUUCGGAGAUGAGUUUGGCCUAACUUUUGGAAGUUUUUUUUGGACUUUCUGGGAGCUUUUUGGCACGGUCUGUUUGGUUGUUUUUCUCUUCAUUUUUGCAAAAUUUAGGUCAAGUUUUUACCUCAUAUUUUUCAUCUAGAUGAGAGAAAUCGAAAAAGUAAAAAACAUAGGCUAAGUUUAAAAAAAUUCAUCCAGGACGACGAAAGACCCAUUUAUAUGUCUUUUAUAUUAACUUGUUGGGUCUUUUCGCCGUCAUGAAUUUUUUUCAACUUUGGUGUGUAUGUUUUUAUACUUUUUCGAUUCCUCUCUUCGAAACGAAAAGCAGAGCGUAAAAAUUUGUCUAGAUCUUGUAAAGAUUAAGAAAUAACAACAAAAAAACCGUGCCAAAAAAACCCUUGAAAAGCUAGGCCAAACUCACCUGUUUCAAAAUUGAGAUCUUUUGAUCUUGUUGAUUAAUGAAAUUUUCUUCGCCGCGUUCCAAAAAAA